AAAUAAGUGAGUUCAUAUGAGAAUGCAUACUUACAUGAGAAAUGAAAAUAAAUUUUACGCGCUAUAACUCUUAUGAAUAAGUGAUACUUCCUCCAUUUCUUUUUACUUGCAUCACUUUCCUUUUCGGAAAAUGUCAUAAUACUUGCAACCAAGUCAUUUUUAGUAAGUUUUCCCAUACAAAUCUACAUAAAUACCCUUACUUAUUUUUUAGACUCUAUUAAUUACAACCCAAACCCACAUUAAUCUACCCUAACAAUUCCCUCUAAAAUUAACCCCUCCCAUUGAUUCUUAUCUGUCUGGCAACAUAUUUCCCUAAAUAAAUGACUUCUAGAGAACUCUUUUGGAUCAUUUAUGAUCCAUCUCCCCAACUGUUCAUCAUUUAUUGUCGGGUUUCCUUAUCUCCCAACUGUUCUUCACAAUCAACCUUUAUCUUUGUGACCCUUGAAAAUCCUUCUUCUCUCUCCUCAGUCAGACCCUCCUUGAGUUCUCACAAUUUCUCUCUCUAAAUUCUUGCAAAAUUAAUUAAUUUUUGGGUAAAAACUUGGCUUCUACGAGUGGAUCUGACUUUUGCUGGUUACUUAUGGUUAUUUCAUGAGAUUUGUUGUCGAAAAUCGCAUACUAUUCUAGCGAUUUCUAGGGUUUGUGAUCCACUGCUUUCCUCUCUAUCAGAAUUGUGGGUCGCUUGGUUUUCUUGUAGAUUUAUCUGCAAAUCGCAUACAAUAAUGUAUUGUUGAGAGAUGGAAUCUGGAUUGCACGUCAUAAACAAGCUCGCACUGAGUACGUGCUUCGAUGGUUUGUGAAGAAACAACCGCUAUUGAGUUUACAAGAGGAAAAAUGUUGGUGACCUAUGAUCUUCGAUAAGAGACAACCAUACAAGCUACGGAUCAGAAAUUGAGACUUAAGGGAAUUAUAUUCAGCAAUUUAUUAGUGGUUCAAUUUUUGCUUGAACAUGAGUUCAAACACACCUUCUUGCAUGUUGGGAUCAAUGGAAUCAAUUGGAUCAUUUGUACCCUUUAAUGGUGCCAAAGCAUGGCUUGAUUCAGAUGAUCCCCUUUUUGCUUGGCCUGAAACACCAUUUUCUCAAAAGGUACAAGAGGAACAAGAGGCUGGAUAUGAUAACUUCAUGGAGGAUUGCUACACCAAUCCAGAUGCCUGGGUUGAAUCAGGGAACUUCCCUUCUCUGAUUCAACCUCAGUUUGUCGAAGAAGACUUGGUUGUUCCUGACUCUCCUACUCAUUUUAUUGAAAAAGGAGAUGCACAAUGGCUUAAAAAACACCCACAUUCUGCCAGGAGAUUGGCUAAAAUUAAAGAAAGAAGAUUGUUAGCCUUAAUCCCUCCUAGAAGUCAAUUUAAAGAGGGCCCUAGCACUUCUGUGCUCCAAUAUCUGAUUGAAAACAAGAAGGAAGAUUAUUGUUGGCCUUACGUUGUCAGAAGGCGAAAGCAAACUGAAGUGCUAUUCUACUUGGUGAUAUCUUUCUUGAGUUAGAAACAUACCAAGCAUUUUCUUCAUCCUCAUCCUCGUAGUUGUUCAUGGCCUCCUGAAGAUGCAACAGUUCCCCCACACUGAUUUCUUCAUCCAAUCUCCAAGUGUCCAGACAAAUUUCUUCCAUUUCCAGCAGCUCAUCCAUGGAGAUAUCAAAAUCGUCACUGUGAGAGUGAGAGUGUGUGUUGUGUACCAUUAUCCAUUUGUGUACCAAAGUGAGAGUGUAUGCUGUGUAAGUGAGUGUGAGAAAGUGGGAGAGUUUUUUUUUUUGUAAUAUUGUAAACAAUCUACUGUUGGAGAAAGGAACUGAUUCUGCUUUUAUAAGUAAAAAAUUUGUAAAUGGUUGACUUUUAGGUUUUGGUGGGAAAUUAAAAAAACCAAAAUUUCAACUUGGAGGGAACUUUAAAAUUCCCCACCCCAGUUGUACUUUCACGUGAUUAAUGCUUCAAUAUGGGGACCAACUCCCUUCUACUUUUCUCUUUAAUCCUCUUCUAAUAAAGUAACCCCACACACUCUCUCUCCUCUUUCUUAAAUACCGUGCAAACCUCUUGGUUGCAAGUUAAAAGAAACGGAGGAAGUAUAAGUCUAAAAAAAAAAAUUGAUGUAACUCCAAAACAAAGAAUAUUAGAGAAAAAAAAACUCAAAAAAAUAAAUUUUUUUUGGGCUCAAAAUUUUUUAGAGGGUAUAACUCUAACGAACAAGUGUUGUGACUCUAAUCCAAUCGUGUGGUUGAGAUUCAUUCUCAUUUCUCAUGUAAGAAACAUUCUCAUGUGAUCU